UCUGUCCUUAAAUAAUCACCAAUCGCAUGCUCACUGAUCUGUGUGUUCACUCUCUUCUCUGAGUUUCUACUUUCUCCCCAUCUCAGCUCUCUAUUCAGUGCCGUCUUCCCCCGAUCGCCAUGGCCUCGGACAAGAAGAUCAAGAUCGGAAUCAACGGGUUCGGAAGGAUUGGUCGAUUGGUCGCGAGGGUUGUUCUUCAGCGAAACGAUGUCGAACUUGUCGCCGUUAACGAUCCCUUCAUUACCACUGACUACAUGACAUAUAUGUUCAAGUACGACACCGUUCACGGUCACUGGAAGCACCACGACAUCAAGGUGAAGGACUCUAAUACCCUUCUCUUUGGCGAGAAGGCCGUCACUGUUUUCGGCGUCAGGAACCCAGAAGAGAUCCCAUGGGGACAGACUGGAGCCGAGUAUAUCGUUGAGUCUACUGGUGUUUUCACCGAUAAGGAAAAGGCCGCUGCCCACUUAAAGGGUGGUGCCAAGAAGGUCAUCAUUUCUGCUCCAAGCAAAGAUGCACCCAUGUUUGUUGUGGGUGUGAACGAGAAAGAAUACAAACCCGAGCUUGACAUUGUUUCCAACGCUAGUUGCACCACCAACUGCCUUGCUCCCCUUGCCAAGGUUAUCAAUGACAAUUUUGGAAUUGUUGAGGGUCUCAUGACCACCGUCCACUCUAUCACCGCCACACAGAAGACUGUUGAUGGGCCUUCAAGCAAGGACUGGAGGGGUGGAAGAGCUGCUUCCUUCAACAUUAUCCCUAGCAGCACCGGAGCUGCCAAGGCUGUGGGGAAAGUUCUUCCGGCACUUAAUGGUAAAUUGACCGGAAUGGCAUUCCGUGUACCCACCGUGGAUGUUUCAGUCGUUGACCUCACUGUCAGGCUUGAGAAGAAGGCGACCUAUGAGGAGAUAAAAAAUGCCAUCAAGGAGGCAUCUGAGGGCAAGCUUAAGGGGAUUUUGGGUUACACUGAAGAUGAUGUGGUGUCUUCAGACUUUGUUGGUGACAACAGAUCUAGCAUAUUUGAUGCCAAGGCUGGAAUUGCAUUGAAUGACAAUUUUGUGAAACUUGUCUCUUGGUAUGACAACGAAUGGGGCUACAGCACUCGUGUGGUUGACUUGAUUGUCCACAUCGCAUCUGUACAUGCUUGAAGCAAAACCUGAAUAUUCGAGUGAUAUUUUUGUUUAUGGAGUCGAGGGUUUAGUUACUAGUGUGUCACUCGGUUUGGAGUUUGGAAUAAACCUCCCGAGUCUUAUUGCUAUCUUCUGUCAAACUUUUGCUCGCGGUAGGUCUCUGUUGGAUGUUUUAUCUUCUUGGAUGUUUUGAGAACAAGUGUAUCGGAAGCAGUGGACCAGUAUCAGCUAAUAUUAAGGCAUUUCAUGGUUUUCAUA